CCUCGACUGCGUUUCCACUUACCUCGCGCACGACUUUCGCCUUGGAGUCCUGACACAACUCUCCGCGUACUUCGAUCGCGAUGUCUUCCUCAGCUUUCCUCCGCACCAUCUUACACCUCGUGGCCUUCCUCAACCUGUUCCAGUGUGCGCUCGGCCAUUUCGAUGUCUUUCGGAUCGACCUGUCGACGUAUGACCCGCAAUGGAACCGCCGGCACGCACGGGACAUUCCCAGCAACGUGACAGUGACCGGUGAGCCUUUCAACGGGAACUUCGCCGAGGUCCUCGCAGCCGCUGGGCUGUACAAGGACUCCUUCUGGAUCGUGCUGCCCCACAACUGGCACUGCUCUCAAGUCUUGGACGCGCGCCUCGUAAACGAUAAGAAAGAUGUGAGCGGGAGGAACGUCGGCGUGCGUUGCCGUGGCGAUGGAUGCAUCAGCGACCACAGCACCGACAACAUCGACCUCAUCGAGAUGCACUGGAGCAACACGCCGCUGUAUCACUGGACGCUGUACAAGGAUCGACUUGACGACGAUAAGCACCAGAUCAUGUGGGGCGUCGACGGCGAGAAGUACGGCGCAUGCGAGAAGAUUGGUACGCCCACCCACUGGACUCAGUGUUACGACCGUCCCCCGUUCAUGGGCAACACGAAGACUUUCUUUGUGCAUCCCAAGUUCAAGUGCUGGGAUGCCUAUGACUGGACGCAGAUCAACGCGGCUCCCUGAGCGUGAGAUCUGUCUGGAGGGUUGAGAGCGUGGUUUGCUGACAACGAGAUUGGGAUUUGCGUCCCUGGCAUGGAAUUCGGACCGGGUGGUUGAUUGACAGCGUUUGUAUGAUUCGUGGUUCCUUCCGCGAUACCAUAACGAUCGUUUGCGUAGGAUUUGUUAUAAGGCCAAGAGAACGAUGGUACAUGUACCCCGAUCAGCUCGCUCACCUUUUCCAAUGCGUUAAAUUAGACCACACACGUGCU